AUGUCCUUUAUUCUCGAACCCUCAUCCGAAGCCUAUCGCGAACGCAAAGCCAAGAAAUCGCGCUCGCAGCCUCAAGCUCCAAACCAACAACUCCAGAGCCAAUCUCCACCAGCUCCACCCCAAAACAUGUCGAUGCAACAACAACAAAAUGGCGGGCAGCUAGCCCACAACUUCCAGCAAAACUUCCAACAAGCAAAACAGCCCGAAACCAGCAAACCUCGAUACAAGGGAGGAAACUACGGUCCGGGCACCAUAUCGCAGCGAAUUGAAAAAGCCAUGUACGAACUGGAGCAUCAAACCUGGCGCUGUCGUCUCGACAAGCCUUCCGCGCUGCUCGAAUACAUUGAUCCCAAAGCCGUGUUUGCGUCUCCCGAGUACGGAAUCCUGACCAACGAUUCCGAGCCGACGUUGAAGGAAACGCUCGAGGAUGACGAUAUGCGGACGUGGAAUUCCUACGAGAUUAAGGAUAUGAAGAUUGUGGAGGUGAGCAUGAUGGCCGCCACCGUCGUGUAUGAUGUGACGGCGAGUAUCACGGAUGAGAAGGGUUAUUCAAAGGGCAUUUACAAGGCCUAUUGUACGAGUUGUUGGAAGCAGGAGGCUAGUGCGGAUUGGAAGUUGUGUACUUAUACCGAGGCGCCGCAUCCUUAG